AUGGCAUCACAUUGGCAACAAUAUAUUGAAAGUAAUAUUGUAAAAUCUAGGUUUUUUACUCAUGGAGCAAUACACGGACUGAAUGGAGCUAAAUGGGCACAAUCAGAUGGAUUGGAAAUUACUAAAAAACAAGUGAAGGAAUUGUUAAAGAUUUUACAAGAUGAAAAGUUGUCAUCACCACGAUUGAUUAAUAGUUUGGUUUCGAAUUCACAAGCACUUACUAAUGUAUCAGAGAAAUCUUCCAUCUUUUCAAAUUCAGGUGAUUUAUCAUUAGUGGUGGAAAAUGAUGAAUUGAAACGAAAAUUAUCAAAUCUGUCACAGAUCAGUACAUCACUGGGUAAUGUGGGAUUGGAAAUUAAUUUCAAUGGAAAUCAAAUGUUUAGAGUUGUAAAUGUUGACAAGUAUUGUGCCUUAUUAGCUUGUUGGAAUUUUGGAGAUUCGGAUAAUGCUUCGUCAAUUCCAUUUUGUAAAGUAUUUAAUGUAGAAAAGGGAGAGUUCUUAAUACCUCCAACUCAUGUAUUUUAUUGUGUAACCACUAGUAUGUGUAUUCUGAUAGGUUUGGUGAAUAAUUCAUGUGUAUUACCAGAAGAUCAUCAUAAUAAUCAAGCCAUAGAAUUGACAAAUUUUGAUGUGGCUAUGAAAACAUUGGACAAGUUUGCAGAUUACUUAUUGGAAUCUGGGUACUAA